ACCAAUCAAAGAAGCCAUUGACUUAAUUAGCAAAAAAAAAAGAAGCCAUUGACUUUGCUUCUUCAUAGUGUAAAACUAGUUCUUUUAUUCUUCUUAGUGCAAAAUUAGUUCUGAAACAGAUAAGAUCAUGGAAAGCAAAGAGGUGAAGUUAGUGAGCUUCUGGGCAAGUUCCUAUGGUAAAAAAGUUGAGUGGGCUUUGAAGCUGAAGGGUGUUGAAUAUGAGUAUGUAGAAGAAGAUAUCUUCAACAAAAGCAAUCUCCUUCUAGAAUUGAACCCGGUUCACAAGAAGGUUCCGGUUCUUGUUCAUGGCAACAAACCAAUUGCUGAGUCACUCAUCAUCCUUGAAUAUAUUGAUGAGACAUGGAAGCAUCAAUAUCCAUUGUUUCCUCAAGAUCCUUAUGAAAGGGCUCUUGCUCGCUUUUGGGCUGCUUCUAUCGAACCCAAGCUAUUGAAGGCUGCAUGGGUUGAACUAUUUACCAGUGGUGAUGAACAAGAAAAUGCAAUGAAGGAAGCAACAGAAGGUCUGGAGAUGGUAGAAGAACAGAUUAAGGGGAAGAAAUUCUUUGGGGGGAUAACAUUGGCUACCUUGACCUUGCAAUUGGCUGCAUGGGUUGAACUAUUUACCAGUGGUGAUGAACAAGAAAAUGCAAUGAAGGAAGCAACAGAAGGUCUGGAGAUGGUAGAAGAACAGAUUAAGGGGAAGAAAUUCUUUGGGGGGAUAACAUUGGCUACCUUGACCUUGCAAUUGGUUGGUUCUCUUACUGGAUUUCUGUUUGGGAGGAAGUUGGGUCUAUUAAGAUACUUGAUCCAUUGAAAUAUCCAGCCACCACUACAUGGAUGACCAAUUUUCUCAUCCACCCUAUGAUCAAGGACACUUGGCCCCCAAGAGACAAAAUGCUUGUUUACACCCAUAGUCUCAUAAGCAAAUAUGGCUCAGCUAAAGUCAAGGGAUGAGUUUUAGAACAUUAUGUGUAAACAUUUUGUAAAAUUAAUAUGUGAGGUUAUGAUAAAAUAUGUUGGGGGUGAAUUUAAGUAGUACAUGUUUUAUUCUCUUUAAAUAAAGUUGCAGGUUCGGGUUUCGUAAAUGAAA